CAUUGAGGCAAUGCUGAAAACGUGCAUAUGGCACCGCAGAGAAGGAAGUGAUUACAACAUCAAGGCUGUGCGAAUGCUGUAAGCGCUGGAAUGAUUACAUCUGAGAUAAAGAUCACAGGGGAUGUAAGGUGCAGUAAGUGUGGGACGAGCCGCCCGUGAGUCCGACGUCCAGCGCCAAGCCCCGUCCCCUCAGCAGUCCCGGGUUCAGGCCUGCUCGUGCUUCCUGUCUCCACCCCGACCCGAAACGGCCGCGCUCUCCCCGGGAAUGGAGCUGCGCUCGCGGGACUCCGCUCCGGAAUGCCAGAUCUGCUGCCACCCGUAUGGGCCGCGGCGGAGCCCGAAGCGGCUGGCGUGCGGACACACCUGCUGCUGCACGUGCCUGGCGCAGAUGCGGGACGCCGGGGAUGCUGGGAACGCGCUCCGCUGCCCCUGGUGCCGCCGCGUCACCACCCUCCCCGCCGGCCGCUCCGUCACCCUGCUGCCUGACGACCCCGACGUCAUCGCCGCCAUCGCUAUGCCGACCCCCUCCCACAUGCCCGUCUUCAUCCGGCUGCCUAGCAAUGAUCGCAGCGUGCCGCCCACGCCUGUCGCCAAGGCGACGCUGGGGGAGAUGGGCGUGGCUGUGGUGGUGGUGCCCGAGGGCGACGGGGAGGGGGAGGGGCGGGGGGAUCGCGGGAAGGGCGUGGCAUGGUCGGGGGUCUGCACCGUAAUGCUGGCCGCCUGCCUCCUGCUCUUUCUCCUCAUCAUCGUCAUGCACAACAUGUCCUGCGUCUCCAAGCGCUUCGCUGUCAUCUCCUGCGGCUGAUGAGGGGCGUGGCCUGGGGCGGGGCAGCCGGAUGGACAGGCACAUCUGCGACCGGAGGGUGUUUGUGUUGUGACCCAGUGCUGAGAUCUGAGGCUGUACUGGACAGCUGGCACUGGCCACUGACUAACAUGCGCACACACACACACACACACACACACACACGCACAUCCUCAUUUCCUAUAUGCCACAGGUGGGUCCCGAUCAGUGAGCAGCUGAAAAAAGAGAGAUGGCUCAGGGAUGGGGGGGUGGCUGUGGGUGUUCGGGUUAUUGGGGAAUGAGGCUCUUUUUGCUCUUUUUGCCGAGAGGCUCAGGUUCAGGUCCAGAAGGUGUCUCUUUUUUGAACUCCUAGGUGUUUCAUUAGAGGGUCAAGUUUCCAUGGCUGCCCCACGAGCUACUUAGGGCUACUAAUAAAUCACCUCUUUUUAUUGGUUGUAGUGAAAGGGGCCGUACUAGUGGACAAAGCCUCUCCUUAAUGCAACAGGAAUAACCUCUUGCUGUUGGUGACUGGGUCCAAGGAGUGGGCUUAUGUCUACAUUUCUAUGCAAACACUUUUAUGUAAUCACUUUUUUCAUAAUGGCCUCAAAUGUUGUGUCGCUUA